UGAAGACAGAACUGUGUGUUUCCUCCUCCUCCAGGCAGCAGCGGCUCCCCCGACAUGAUCGAGCAUUGGAUCCAACUCGUCCACGAGAAGAACGCGCUGGUUUCUGAGGAGUCUGACCUCAUGGUGGCGUCUCGACAGCUGGAGCUGGAGGACAAGCAGAGCAUGUUGGAGCUGGAGCUCAGGAAGUUCAUGGAGCUGAAUGACAAGACGCAGGAGCAGGAGGUGGAGGAGGAGCGGGUCCUGCAGCAGAUGAUCGAGGUGGUGGACAUGAGGGACUCGCUGGUCUCCUUCCUGGAGGAGAAGAGGCUGAAGGAGAUGAGCGAGGAGCAGGAGGCCUUCUCCAUCAUGGAGGCCAGACGGCACUCCAAGGCAGGAUCUCAGGUUCACUGGGCAUCAUAAGACUCCUCCCCCUCCCCACACACUGACACACACACACACUGACGCACACAC